GGGUGUAAAACUAUUAAAAUGGGAAACUACGUAAUCUAUUUUCACCGACAAAACUAAGGCAUCUGAGAAUUAUGCCAAAUGCUGACAAUUUUACAAAACAUUUGCAUAUACGUACUAAAACAUUUAGAAAUUAGUGAGAAACAAUGAGAAAUGACGUUCUGCUGUACAGAAGUGACAUCAUGGUUUGGGGAUUGCACUAGCUGUUUGGCAUAUGUUAAUUGUCAUUUGAGAAAUGUGCCAAGGCAAUCGAGAAUAAUUGUAAUCGAGGUGGUUGUAACGCGUGAGUUGGUUUCCGCUAAGCGCUUUUCUUUUCCUUUAAACCGCUUCAAUGCACAUACUUAUUGUCAGCUUCUGGGGGGGGGGAGCUUUACCCUCUUCUUUUAAUGUAAUUCUUUAGAAACUGGGGGUCAGAAAACGAUUAGCAAAACGAAAGCAUAAAAAGAGAAGCAGAGAGGGUAACACAGGAAGCCUGAUCGCGUAGCCGUAGUGGCUCUCCGACGUAAAAUCGGAAAAAAAUGAACUGACAGUUAAUGUCGUUUGUUCUUUUUUUGCUGGCGUGAUUCUUCCAUCUGUGGGUUUGCCAGCGAGGCCCAGAGUGACUAACGCGAAUAAGAGGUGCAUCAAAGAUCACAACACCUGCUUUAUCACGCUUAUCUAUGGGUCUCCCGCCACUUCAAAAUUAUUCUUAAGUGGAUACUUUUGUUGUCACGCAGGGACUGCGGCAUUGCAACUAUGUCGUGCUCAGCAUGUGCUGCGGACUGACUUUGGCUGUUGUGAUUUUUGGAUUGUUGCGGACCCAAGGUGUUUCUUCUGGCUCCGCGCCGUACGGGUAUAAGGCUUUGGCUGGAGAGGGAUUCCUACUGCAGUGCGCUUCUCCGUAUCAGCCUGUAUACCUAUUCGAUCAGUCUAAGAGGAUUGAGAAUAGUGUCAUAUGGUUAAAACACAAAGGACACACAAAUGAGACCAUUCCUGGGCAAGAUGGCACCAUUGCCAAACAAGGAAAUUACCUGAACUUUACUGUAAUCGAAGAAAGACAUGCUGGGAAUUAUUCUUGUUACAACGGGAGCAAGAUGCUGUCUUUUAUCCUGGAUGUGAUGCCAAGGAAUGGGACAGAUUGCAGGGUACAUGGGGACAGUGAGGUCACACUUAUAGUGGGACGUGGUGGCCGGAUCCAGUGUCCAGGUGUGCAUUGUUACACCAAGGCUUCCAAGGUGAACAUAAGGUGGUACAAGGAAAACGAAUAUUUAACACGAGCAGAACGAGGCCUUGAUAUAGAAGGUACUGAACUCAAACUGUACACGGUGUAUGUUGGAGACCAUGCUAUGUUUACCUGCGAUGUCAGUCACAUGGAUGGAAUGAUGUGGACAGUUAGAAGAUCAGUCCGGGUGACAGUGAUCCAAGACGAAAGGGACAUUCUGCCCAGAAUCCUUUACCCUUACGAGGACUGUACUGAAGAAACAGAGCUUGGGAAGGCCAAAAAUCUGACUUGUAAGGUGCAGUUUCCAUUUGAGAGAACAUUCCAGCCAGUGAUCAAGUGGUUUGUCAGUUAUGGCGGUUAUGGCAGCGAAGAACUGCUGAAUUCAGAAAUCAUGGGGGUGCAGCCGAGCUUUGGGGAGCACACUACCACACAGGUGGCACUCCUCCACAAGGUGACUGAGAGGGACCUAGAUGCUACCUUCACAUGCUUUGCUCAGAACUCCAUAGGCAACGUGUCCACAACAAUGAGGCUGAGGAGAAAGUUGCAAGUGGGAGAACUGGUGCUGGUUAUCAUUGGACCAGUUGUGGCCCUGGUAUUUGUGACUGGGGUCAGUGUCCUGGUUCGUGCUUAUUGGUUGGAGAUUCUCCUUCUAUACCGAAUGUAUCUUCCAUUUCCAGACGCUAUUGCAGUUGGAAAGGAAUAUGAUGCCUUUGUGUCCUACGUCAGUGGCUCUUCCUCAGAGAACGAGGAAGCCGACCUCACAGGAGAACUCCUAGGUCUUCACCACUUUCCCCAGGUUUUGGAGCAACAGUGGGGUUACAGACUUUUUCUGCUGGAGAGAGACUUGAUUCCUGGGGGAGCUUACACUGAGGAGGUGGUGAAGUCCAUCCAGAGGAGCAGGAUGAUCAUCUGCCUGCUCAGCUCGCUCUAUCUCCGCAGCCCCUGUCUCUUUGAGCUGGAGACUGGCCUGAAGAUCCUGAAGGAUGACCCCCACUUCAGGAUCGUUCUGGUGUGGAGCGGCAGGCCUCCCCGUAAGCUUCCUGCCCUGCUCCUGCCACACGUCGUCAGAAGGGCACUCCGCGUCCUCCCUGCCAUCUGCCACCCCACCAGAGACUUGAGCCAGUCCGAUUCCAAGUUCUGGAAAACCCUCAGGAUGAAGAUGCCACAGACCAGAAUGUGUGUUUCCUCUUGCGGGGAGGAUGUUUAAAAUUUCAGUCAAGUCGUCUUUCAUUUCAUGCUUAACACAGUUAUUUAUAAUUACUUUUGAGCCAAUGUUGCCAAUUGUAUCUUAUUGUUUUUAUUCUAAAUAACUUUUAUAUUUAUUAAUGUUUAUUCAUUCAUUCACCCACUAUCUCCAUGUAAGUUACAUUAUUUAUACUAGGGCAGAGUUCUUUAGUAAGUAGUUCUUUAAUGCGUUGUGAACGUUUUUUUAUAGUUAUGCUCUUUCACGCUUAGCGGCUAAUGAAGCUGCACGUCCCAGUUGCCUUCCAGAUAGACUAUUUCUACUUCUCUGUACAUUCAUCCUAUAAACUGUUUUGUAAGUUUGGAGUGUUCAGAGAUUCCUUAUUACAGAAUUAGUUUCUGUUGCAUGGUCAUUGUGAGGAAAGAACUCCAUGCUAUGUAGCUACAUGCAUGAGAGUGGAGGUUCUAGUUUUUGAUGCAUUUAGAUCUUGUGUAAUGACUAUUUUUCACAAGUUGUGAAAAGUGUAAAGUCAUUGUUGCUUGAAUGAAGCAAUGUUGUACUCAAGAGGUUCACGAUUCCCGAAUUUACAAUAUGCUUCUAAACCUAUUUUGAACAAUGUAUGGUAAAAUUUGUUAGUUGAUAAAGAUUAAUAUUUUUUC